AUGGCCUCAGAAAGAGACAAGGCCAUCUUAAACAUGAUAAUGAACCCAAUGAUGCCCACAGGAAAUGUAACAGAAGAUGUCCCGGUUGAAGAAGAAGGUAAGGAAAAUUAUGACUAUCUUCUAUAUUAAAUGAGCUUUGUUAUACAAUAUGUAAGUCCUCGUUAAUUUAAAGCCACAGUAAAAAAAUACUUUAACAGCACUGUUGAUAUAGUGAGCUUUAAGAUCAACACUGACCUAGUGAAGCAAUAUUAAUGUUUAACAAGUUUAUAAUAAAAUAUUUAGAUUACUCCCAUUUGGAAAACUAUAGUAAAGCGCAAGAAUUAGAAGUGGAUGGUAUUAGACUGUCGGAAGAGAAGAAACAUGACGAAGCGCUACUCAAAUUCGACCAAGCCAUCGAAAUCUGUCCGAAUAAUCCUUCCGCAUACAAUAACAAGGCCCAAACUCUUCAGUUUCAACGCAAAAUGGACGGUGAGUAAUAUAAACUAACGACAACAAAGAGUUACUCAUAUUCUUGGUUAAUAAGCAUGCUUUGGGCUUUAAACUGACAAGCAUAGAUGCUCGUCUAAAAAACAACCAUAUCUGAACAUAAUAAUAAAUUGCCAUUUAGAAGCCCUUACUUUACUAAAUAAAGCCAUAGAACUAAGUAAAGGUAAGGGAAAGACAGCGGCUCAGAGUUUUGCACAACGAGCCCUCAUACAUCGUUGUCAAGGUAGACCAUAUGCUGCAAAAGAAGACUUGGAGAAAUCGGCAGCCUUAGGGAACAAGUUUGCUAAAAUGGAAUUAGUCACACUUAACCCAUACGCAGCAAUGUGCAACCAGAUGCUCGGAGAUGUCAUGGAGAAGCUCAAACAUGGAAAUUGA